CUCUUAAGAACAACAUGCAAAGGAGAAGCAGUUGCACAAAUACAGGCACAACACAGAGGACUUAACAAACUACUGAUACUUCCUGGAGAUACAUCAGCUAUGGCAACAGUCUGGACCACUGUUGCUUCUACAAUCCAUCAGACUAAUGAUUCAGCCUGUGAUCUGUAUGAGCACAGAACUUCAGCACGUAUCUUAUUGCCUAUGUUCUACAGCAUUAUUUUCGUAAUAGGAAUACUUGGAAAUGGACUUGCUCUCACUGUAAUUAUUAAGAACAGAAAGAAGAUGAAUUCUACUACUAUUUACUCAACAAAUCUUGUUGUGUCAGAUAUUCUUUUUACUACGGCUUUGCCUGGAAGAAUAACAUACUAUGCACUGGGCUUUAACUGGCCACUUGGAGAAGCACUCUGCAGACUCACAGCACUCACCUUUUACAUCAACAUUUAUGCAGCUGUGAAUUUUAUGACAUGUUUGAGUAUUGACAGGUUUGUAGCUGUGGUCCACCCUAUGCGCACCAAAAUCAGAAGAGUUAAAUGUGCCAGAUACAUUUGUUGUUUUGUGUGGUGGCUUGUACUCGCCCAAACUAUUCCAUUACUUUUACAAACCAUGACACACAAGGAAGGAGAAAGUAUAACAUGCAUGGAAUAUCCAAACUUUGAAAAAAUUAAACAUCUCCCUUGGAUACUUCUUGGGGCCUGCCUACUGGGAUAUGUACUUCCCCUUGGGAUUAUACUUGGCUGUUAUUCUAAAAUUAGUUGUAAACUCUGUCAAAUUGCAAAGGAAAAUCCAAUAGCUGAAAAAUCAGGAACAAACAAGAAGGCCAUCAAUACAAUUAUUUUUAUCAUUGUUGUCUUUGUCCUCUGUCUCACUCCAUAUCACAUUGCCAUUAUUGUACACAUGAUUAAGAAGAUUGUGCUUGAAGAUAUUCCAUGCAGUGAUCAACAAAUCUUUCAGAAGACCCUCCAUUACACUGUGUUCCUGAUGAAUUUGAACUGCUGCUUGGAUCCUUUCAUCUAUUUCUUUGCAUGCAGAGGAUACAAAAGAACAAUCAUGAAAAUACUGAGACGUCAAGGGAGCAUUUCACUAUCAAGUGCAGUCAAAACAGUUCCUGAUGACAGCUCUCGUGAUAUUGGAAACACACAACUGGCUCCCCUUUCAACACCUUUAUAUGCUGAUUUAAAUUAUAAUUUACAUUAACAUUUGAAACAUACUUCCAGAAAUUGACAUUUGAAAUGUAAUUCCAGAAUCUCUAUUUCAGAAAAUUCUGGUAACAAUAAAAACCAUGAACUGUUUCUUUUUAAAAAAUGCUAAUAUUUUGAUUCUUCCAGGAAUGGAUGUUGAUGCAGUACAUGCAGCAACAAAAAAGAGAAUUGUCAUUUUAUUUGCUUCCCCCCCCCUUGAUUUCAUGUCAUGUGUUUUUCCACAAUGUUUUUAUCAUGGAAUUCAAGUAGGUUCUGUAUAUUUCCAUUUCUGAAUCUUAGUAACCCAGACAAGAGGGGUGAAUCACUUUAUGAACUAAGACUCAGACAGGAACAAAGUAAAAUUAAAUUGAAUGUCUGUAAAUAACUGGGCUCCAAUUCAUACACCCUUAACUCCUAUGACUGGCACAAACGCAAGGGACAAAUGCAGAGAAGAUACCUGGAAGGAAACAUGUAAAUAACCUUUGCUUUUUCAUAGAUAAUGAACUAUAUAAAAUAAUAAUCUCCAUUAAUUUACUUUCCCUAAGUCUUGCACUGUCUGUUUUAAAUUAUUUUCAACAUACUAUUAGGGAACAGCAAUCAAGCCCUCAAGCAAUUUAUUCCACACUGGUCCUAUUCUUUGUUUAUCUAUUCCAUAGUCAUUUUAGGAUAAUAAACCUUUGCCCAUGUAAGUCACUGGUAACCCCUGGGCCAAAAUGGACUGCCUUCAAGUCGAUCCCAACUUAUGGUGACCCUAUGGCUAGGGUUUUCAUGGUAAGCAGUAUUCAGAGGGGGUUUGCCAUUGCCUCCCUCU